AUGGUUAACAAGGAGGAACUGGAAGAAAGAUUGAAAAAACUAUUAGUGAGACUGAAAAACCAACAGGAGGGGAAGCAGUUGAGUACCCUGGUUCAGAUCAUCCAAGACCUUCUUUUCCUGGCGCACACUGAUGACUGUGCAGAAUUAUUUGAGGAUAAAGAUGUCCAUGGGCCUCUUAUGUUGGUGUUGUCAACUUACAGCAACAGCAGAGGGGUGCAACAGGUGGGAUGGUCGUUGCUGUGUCGACUGAUGGAGAUAUGUCCUUCCACCUUGGACUCACUGGUCAGGCCCCUGGGAGCAGGGAUAGACUGGGAGGUACUUGGAGUGCAUCAGCAGAUCCUUAAGGUGUUGUCCCAGCACAGUGGAGACUGCAGAGUGAUGAUGGUUGGGCUCAGGGCACUGGCUCUGCUCCUCAGAUCAGAUGUGAUCGUGUUGUUGAUUCGGGAUGAGGAAGAGGAUGUGUUUAGUUUGAUCGUUGAGGGGAUGAAGACUUUCCCCUCCAGUGAGGAGGUUCAGAUUCAGGGCUGCCGUGGUCUCCAGCUGCUACUGGACAGAGUGUCUGAUGAUGACCUGGUAGAGUUUCUGGAGAACCAGGACCACAGUGUUGUUCUAGGUGCUCUGCACCGUUUUCACGACAGUGAAGACCUGUUUCUGCAGGCCAUGAAGGUACUCCUUCCCCUAGCAGGUCCUGCCAGUAACGUGGAGAUCCUGAUGUCGGGGGGAGAGAGGUGUUACAGUGUGGUGGCUGGAGCCAUGGAGUCGUUCCCAGAGGUUGAGGCACUGCAGGAGGUCGGCUGCUGUCUGUUCAGGAAGUUUACAUCAGAAAGAUAUUGUAGUAUUCUGGUGCUGAAUGGGGUGCAUAGGGUCACUGUAAGAGCCUGUUUGACUUACCCUGAGAACGCCACUCUACAAGCUGCUGCGCUCUCCUGUCUGGCUGCCCUCACUCAAACCAUAGUGAAGAGCAAAGCUGUGGUGAAUGAAGGGAUGGAGGAGGGAGAGGCAGAGGAGAACAGAGGGAAGGAGGAGGCGGUGGAUGAUGUGGGGUUGUGCUGGAUGGAGGCCUGCUGCAGAGCUCUGGAAGUCCAUGCUGCCGAUUCCACAGUGCAGGAAGCUGCAUGUUGGGCCAUACACAGCCUGCUAUUGCAUGGCAGCGAGUCAUGGCACCAUUCCACAGAAGAGCAAGACGGAAGGACACCAGUCCACAGACAGAUCAUGGCUGCCAUGCUGCUCCACUCCUCCUCCCCUGGGGUGUUCCAGGCUGCUGCCAGCGCCAUGGGAACGCUCAUCACCUACAAUAGUAAAAUGCGAUCUCUGUUGUUGUCCAACGGCCUCCAUGUGAACGUGGUGGAGAUGAUGAAGAGACAUCUGUCCUCUCCAGAGGUCUCCGCAGGUGGAUGUAAACUGCUCCACCUGCUCUUCAAGGGAAGGACGGCCAGUCUGGAUGAACUGAACAUGGCCAUGGGCCAGAUCCUUAGGACCAUGAAGGUCCAUAACUUCAUACCUGAGGUCCAGCUGGAAGCUUUGAGGGCCAGCCUGGCCUUCCUCUGUCCUGAUAGAAGUUUGCGGGUGUCUGAUCACGGUGUGUCUGUGGCUGAUCCAGACACAGUGGACGUGUCUCUGAGGGUGCAGAAGAACCAGAGUGUGGUGGAGGGGGCCCACACAGUCUACCUAGAGACACUCAACAGGUUUAUUAGCAGUGCAGCCAUCCAGGAGUGUGGCCUGCGUGUUCUGUCUGCCCUGGCUGACUGCUCUGGUGCUGUAGACCUGCUCUGUCAACAGGGGGCGAUAGACACUGUGCUGCACACACUACAGAUGUUCCCUCGGGAACGAGAAAUACACUACUGGGGUCUAAACCUCCUCUACUGCCUUGUGUCUAAGAAGAAGCUGUCCAGAAUGAUAGUUCCCGUCCUGGCGUCUGUUCUCGUUACCAGUCUCCUGCAGUACAGAGAGGACACAGAGAUGCUGUUAAAGGGGUUCCAGGUGGCCCUCCGAAUGCUGGACGCCUGCUCAGGGGCAGCAGGGGAGCUGCAGAGGGAAGGCUUUGACAGAGAGAUCUUCCUCCAGCUCAAAGAAGGACCACCUGACCGGUGCAGCUACCCGCUCUCCCAGCUGCGUAAGGCUGCAUGCCUGGCCCUGUCCAAGAUGUGUGGCGAUGCAGAGCUGAAGUACAGUAUGCUGGAGAAGGCCUGUAAGGACGGGGAUGUGCUCAUGGCUGAGUGUCUCAUCCAGCUAGGAGCCGACAUCAACAAGAAGACCAAGACCGAGUCGCUCAUAUACCAGGUGUGUGAGCAGGGCGGGCCUCUGCAGCUUGUGGUGCUGCUUCUCAGCCGUGGGGUCCAUGAGCAGCACCUGCGUGGGGCCCUGGGGGCCAGCGUGCGUCGUGGGGACGGCCCUGCAGUCAUCCAGCUACUGGGGCGUCUGGGGCUGGACCUGAACAACAAUGCCCUCUGUCUGGGGGGGUUCAGGCUGGGUCGGGUGGAUGCUGCCUGGCUCAGCCCCCUGCUCUCUGAACGAGGUCGCGUCAGCAGUCUGCGCUCCAGCACAAGUAAGGGUGCAUGUUUAGCUCGGUACGUGUUAUCCUUUCAGAGGGGUAAGACGACUCCUACCCCCUCGACCCCCAGGUCUCUAGCUGACCCCUGCCUUACCUCUGGGUACAUGUCAGACGAGAGUGAUGACUCCAGCUUCCUGUCUUUAGAGGACAGUCUGGUCUUCAACGACGAUAUGGAGAGUGACGGUGAGGACCAUGAGACACACAGAACAGCGCUCCUUAAAGGCACUCUCUCGGUCUCACGCAUGAAAAAGCUCUGGAGGAGGAUGUCUUCCCUGUAACGCACAGCCUCCGAGGGAGUCCAGGGUGAGGUUGAGCUCAACGAGCCACUUCAGAGGAGGUAUGGUAUUCACUCCCCAGUCUUGAGCUCUGGGUAUAACUCCUCCCCUCUGGUCGGGGACAGAGAGUGGAUCCGCCUGCUGGACCUAUCAGGGAAUGAGCUGGACUCUGUGUCGUGUUUGUUGGACGAGGGUUCUGUCCGACAGCAGCUGGAGCACCUGUAUCGACUAGACUUGAGCCAGAACAGCCUAUCAGAGUUCCCCUCUGGGCUGUGUGAGAGCUUGAAGAGUCUGACACGUCUGGAUCUCCAAGGCAACCAGUUGCAGUCGUUGCCAGCGGAGCUUCUGGCCCUGCCCUCACUGAGCAUGCUCAACGUGUCACGUAACUGUGUCGGCCCGCUUCUGACCCUUGACCCCGCCGUCACCUGCCCAUCGCUACGGCAACUCAACCUGUCCUACAACCACAUCACCACCUUCCCCCACCAGCUGGGCAGGGCCAUGGAGCGACUGGAGGAGCUGUCCCUCGAGGGGAACAGAAUGGGUGAGCUGUGGUCUCCUCUGUGUCUUCCGGAGAUGAAGCUCCUAGACAUCAGUAAGAACAUUGUAGAGAGCAUCUCACAUGACUUCCUGUCUGGCUGCCCCAAACUAGAGAACUUCAGUGCUUGUACCAACCAACUCAGUUCGCUGUCACAUCUUCCCUCAAAGAUAACAACUCUGAAGUUGUCACAUAACAGUUUCACUACCAUUCCUCAAGCUGUUCUGGAUCUUCCAAAUUUACGGUCCGUGGAUAUGAGGACCAAUGACAUUAGAGUUUUACCGGGGCCGUGCGCCUGGGCAUCGGUCAACCUGCGGGAGCUCAUGUUCGGUCAGAACCGCAUCGGAGUGCUGGACCUGAGUGGACCUGAAGUUUACAAGUGGGCCAGACUGGAGAAACUACACCUGAGUGACAAUAAGCUCACAGAGGUCCCUCCUCAGAUCGGCCUGCUGGAGGAGCUGACCUCUCUCGACUUGAGCCGUAAUGGCGGCCUGCGCUCCUUCCCUGACGAGAUGGGCAAGCUGAGCAGGCUGUGGGACUUGCCACUGGAUGGCCUGCGCCUCAGCCUGGAUCUCAAGCACAUUGGCAACAAGACCAAAGACUUAGUCAGGUUCCUCCAGCAGCGUCUGAAGAAAGCCGUUCCGUACUACCGGAUGAAGCUGAUUGUGGUUGGAAACGCCGACAGUGGUAAGACUGCUCUGAUCCGACAGCUGAUGAAGCUCAAGCGUUCUCAAUGGCAGAUGGAGCAGCCCACCGUUGGGAUCGACGUCAGAGAUUGGACCAUCCGGGACCGGGAUAAGAAGAACAUGGUGCUAAACGUCUGGGACUUCUCAGGUGGGGAGGAGUUCAGUGGUUCUCACCCCCACUUCCUUACCCCCCGGGCCCUCUACUUGGUGGUGUACGACCUCAGUAAGGGGGCUGCCCAGGUGGACGCGCUCAAACCCUGGCUCUUCAACAUCAAGGCGGUGGCCCCCCUGUCACCAGUCAUCCUGGUGGGGACACACACAGACGUGAGCGAGGACCUCCAGCUGCAGGCUUGCCUGGAUAAGAUCCGCCAGGAGCUCCUCAACCACCAGGGCUUCCCUGCCAUCCGGGACUAUCACAUGGUGGCGGUGUGCGAGGACUCGGACACCAUCGGCAGACUCCGCAAGGCCAUCGCCAGGGAGGUCGCCAGCUUCAAGAUCCAAGGGCAGCUGGUGAUGGGGCAGCUGGUCCCAGAAAGCUAUUUGGAGCUGGAGAGAAGGGUGCUGCUGGAGAGGACCAGGGUGCCGGGGGAGUUCCCCGUGCUCAGACACCAAUACCUGCUACAGCUCAUCCAGGAGAGCCAGAUACAGCUGGAGGAGGCUGAGCUACCCCACGCUGUUCACUUCCUCAGCGAGGCCGGAGUCCUUCUGCACUUUGACGACCCGGCCCUCCAACUCAGAGAACUCUACUUUAUCGACCCACAGUGGCUUUGCAACAUCAUCUCACAGAAACUGUCUCUGAAAAGCUCUGGGUUCUGGGAGAAUCCCAAAGGCGUAGUCCAGCGCUCUAUGGUGGAGCGGUUCCUAUUUGAGAGUAAGUGUUUCCCCAAGCGCCACCUGACCCAGUACUUUAAACUGCUGGAGAAGUUCCAGAUCGCCCUACCUUUCGGAGAGGACCAGCUCCUAGUGCCGAGCAGUCUCUCCAAACAUCGGCCAGUAAUUGAGAUGCCCCACUGUGAAAAUUCUGAGGUCAUUGUUCGUCUCUAUGAGAUGCCCUACUUCCCCAUGGGCUACUGGUCGAGACAGAUCAACCGCCUACUUGAGGUCUCCUCCUACAUGCUCUGUGGCAGAGAGAGAGAGCUGCGUCCCAACCGUAUCUACUGGAGGAGAGGCAUCUACCUGAGCUGGUCUCCUGAGGCCUACUGUCUGGUUGAGGCUGCAAAUGUAGAGGACAACCCUGCCAGCUUCGUCAAGAUCACUGUGCCCUGCUCACGCAAAGGUCGUGUGUUACUGGGUCAGGUAGUGGACCAUGUUGACUCUCUCUUGGAGGAGUGGUUCCCUGGUCUCCUCACCACUGAUAUCCAUGGCAACGGAGAGACCCUGCUGAAGAAAUGGGCUCUGUACAGCUUCAAGGAUGGACAGGAGUGGAGCAAGAUACUGCUGGAGGACCUGUUCACUCACAUAGAUAAAGACUGUCUUUUGGUAAACCCGGAGGACCCUCGCUGCACAGUGCCCAUCUCUCAGAUUGCUCCAGACCUGAUCCUCAGUGACCAGCCUGCUGGAAUCAUCCUUGACAGCGAGGAGCUUGAGAUGGACCUUACCAAGGAGAACCUGCUGGGGGAUGGUGGUUUUGGGUCUGUCUAUCGAGGCAUCUACAAAAAUGAAGAGGUGGCAGUGAAGAUUUUCAACAAGCAUGCCUCUGAUCUCUAUAUACACCGACUACUCCGACAGGAGUUGGUGGUGUUGGGUCGUCUCCACCACCCCAGCCUGGUGGGGCUGCUGGCAGCCGGGGCGGCCCCUCAUCUCCUGGUGAUGGAGUUAGCCCCCAGAGGGUCCCUGGACUCUCUGUUCGAACACGAGAACAGCAGCCUCAACCGCAAGCUCCAGCACAGGAUUGCUCUGCAGGUGGCCGACGGGCUCAGGUAUCUCCACUCGUCCAUGAUCAUCUACCGGGACCUGAAGCCUCACAACGUGCUGCUGUUCAACCUGAAAACUGACUCAGAGACCAUCGCUAAGAUCACAGACUACGGCAUCGCUCAGUGCUGCUGCAGCAUGGGGGUCAGGAGCUCUGAGGGCACCCCAGGUUUCCGGGCGCCAGAGGUUGCCCGGGGCAAUGUGAUCUACAACCAGCAGGCGGACGUGUUCUCGUUCGGCCUGCUGCUAUACGACCUGCUGACUUGUGGUGAGCGCAUCUCAGAUGGCAUGAAGUUCCCCAGCGAGUUUGACGAGAUCGCUGUGCAGGGCAAGCUGCCAGACCCAGUGAAGCACCACGGCUGCUCCCCCUGGCCAGGCUUCCAAGGCCUCAUGAAGGACUGUAUGAGGGAGAAUCCCCAGGACAGACCCACCUCCACACAGGUGUUUGAGAGGCUGAACUCUGGGGAGAUGCUGUGUCUGAUGAGGGAGCUGGUGGUCAGCAGAGCUGCCAAUGCUGAGUGUUUCACGGCGGGCUGCAGCAGCGCCAGCAACGGCCCCAGUUCUAACCCAAGGGCCUGGGUGGGAGGGGGCAGCAGCACACAGAGACUGGGCUGUGUCGCGUCUGUCGACCUGGAGACUGAGAAGGUCACAACACAGGUGAUUGACACGAGUCCUGUCUUAUGCCUGGUGACCGUCCAAGUCCCAGACGAAGCCUGUGAUUGGCUGGUGGCUGGUACACAAUCAGGGGCACUGGUCGUCAUCAGCACUCAGAACCUGUCCAACUGGCACAACCUGCAGAGUGUCACCGACGCUGUGACAUCACUGUUCUUCCACACCCACCCUCAGCGCAGUCAAAGAAAGAAUUACUUGUUAGUUGGGACAGCAAAUGGAAUUCUGACGGUUUAUGAGGACUCUGCGCUCCAGGUGGAGAAUGGCCAGCCAGUCAAGACGUUGCACAUCGGGAACGUCAACACCCCAGUGAUGUGUCUGGGCCAAUCAGGUCACUCCCUGGACAGGACCACGGUGUGGGCCGGCUGUGGGAGCAGAAUCCUUUCCUUCACCGCCGACUAUGGCGUCUGUAAGACCAUUGACACUAAACCCAACAGCCUCUUCCAGCAGCAUCAUGCGGUGAGCAGUGAGCCGUGUGUGUCUCGUAUGGUAGUGGAGAAGCAUGUGUACCUCAGCAAGGCUGGAGGGCAGAGCGUGGAGGUGUGGAAUAAGAAGAGUGAGCGGAUGAUUGACAGCAUUGACUGUUCCCAACUACUCAGACACAACUCCAGCCGGCGACCCAGAAAGGCUAAUUCAGAGUUUGAAUUUGGAGCGGAUAGUCCAACCUGGGCGAACAUCAAGUCCCUCCUGGUGCAGCAAACCACCCUGUGGAUCGGCACCCGGGGAGGCCACCUCCUCCUGGUAGAGCUGGCUAACCUCCAGCUGCUGCAGGUCAUCAGCCCCCACUGCCAGUCCAUACGCAGCAUGGCCUCUGUUUUUAUAGAAACACUAAACCGUAAGAAUGUGGUCCUGGUUUUGGGAAGAAGACUGUCCCAAGAUAAGAAUCAGUAUGACGAGGAGUCUGUACUGAUGGUGUGGAACAGUUCUCUACCUCUGGAGGUCAAGGACCUCAACAAACACUGUGAGAUGAGAGAGGAGAUCACAGCCAAGAUGAGAGAGCAGCAAAACGACUGAGUCACUGACUGAGCCCACAGCUUGAAUACACAUGGAAAAGGGAUUUCUCUGAAGAUUCAGUGGAGUAGUGUGUCUUCUGCACACAUACAGUACCAGUACACACAUACAGUACCAGUACACACAUACAGUACCAGUACAGGGGGAGACGUUACCUCACUGAAAUCACAGAGAUAAAACUAUCUCAAUAACUGACAUUGUCUGACAGCCAUACUUCUCAGGGCACUUCGGACCGUGUCAAAGACCAUGAAGAGACCACACGAGUGCACUUGAUUUAGGUUACAUUGUUUAAGUGCACUUUAACGUUUCCCUUCUCUAGUCCAAACUCAAAAGCUGUCUGGAUAUCUGCAUGCUCUAGUUAAGUGCACACUUUCAUAAUCAUCCCAAACUAUUGCAAGCACUGACCAGGGGUUGACUGUAUACUACAAUACCUAAAAGUAAGUAAAAUGCCUUUGAAUAAAGAAUAUUUUAAUCUUAGACAGUUUAGUAUUUUGAAUUGAAACGCUCCUGCCAAAUGUUAUUAGAAAUUGUUUGUAUGACUGCAAAAACUCUAAAAGGGAUGCUUUAUUUGUGUUGUUUUCAUUAUAAAUGUGUUGUUUACCUGUUAUCACCAUUAUGAAACUGAAGACAACUGGAAAAAAAGUCCAAGGAAAUAAAUUCUCACUUCUCAAGGGCCAUAUUUGAUUAUGUAUUCAAUACAUGCAUUUGUUUACCAAAUGACCCCAUUCCUUGUCUUUUGUCAAGAUGCGAGAUUUUAAGUCAUGUUAUGACUGUUGUACUUGUAAUGUAUGAUGUUGCAUCUCAGUAAAUUCUGUUUGACUUUUAAACAA